GCGAGUAAGGCGCUGGAGCCUCCAGGGCGACCGGAUGCAGCAACUGAACCAACGCUGGGCGCACGGCGGGAGACCCGGGGCGAGGCUGCCCUUCGUGCGUGUUGGGGGCCCGAAGGGGACUCUGGAUUUCGGUCCCUCCUCUUUUCCCUCUGGGUCUCCCACUCGGGUUGUCGACCCUCCUCCCAGGUACUGGCCGGGAGCGGAGGGCGCCUAUCUCCACAAAUCCCAUCAUGGGCAACGCCUCCAAUGACUCAGGGUCCGAGAACUGCGAGACUCGACAGUGGCUCCCCUCGGGCGAAAGCCCAGCCAUCAGCUCCGUGAUGUUCUCCGCCGGGGUGCUAGGGAACCUCAUCGCGUUGGCGCUGCUGGCGCGCCGCUGGCGGGGGGACGCGGGGCGCACCUCCGGUGGCAGAAAUUCCAUCUCCUUGUUCCACGUGCUGGUGACCGAACUGGUGUUCACAGACCUGCUGGGUACCUGCCUCAUCAGCCCGGUGGUGCUGGCUUCAUACGCACGGAACCAGACUCUAGUGGCCCUAGAGCCCGAAAGCCGAGCGUGCACCUACUUCGCCUUCUCCAUGACCUUCUUCAGCCUGGCCACGAUGCUCAUGCUCUUCGCUAUGGCUCUGGAGCGCUACUUUUCCAUCGGGCACCCCUACUUCUACCAGCGCCACUUCUCUCGCCGCGGGGGCCUGGCGGUGCUGCCAGUCAUCUAUGCGUUCUCUCUGCUUUUCUGCUCCCUGCCGCUGCUGGACUAUGGGCAGUACGUUCAGUACUGCCCUGGGACAUGGUGCUUCAUCCGGCACGAACGAACAGCUUACCUGCAGCUUUACGCCACCGUGCUCCUGCUGCUCAUAGUAGCGGUGCUCGCCUGCAAUUUCAGUGUCAUCCUCAACCUCAUCCGAAUGCACCGCCGAAGCAGGAGAAGUCGCUGCGUACCUUCCUCUGGCAGCUGCCUGGGUCCCACGGCCCGCAAGAGAGGGGAUAAGCUGUCCAUGGCGGAGGAAGCGGACCACCUCAUCCUCCUGUCUAUUAUGACUAUCACCUUCGCCAUCUGCUCCUUGCCUUUCACAAUUUUUGCAUAUAUGAAUGAAACCUCUUCCAGAAAGAAAAAGUGGGACCUGCAAGCUCUCAGAUUUUUAGCAAUCAAUCCAAUAAUUGACCCUUGGGUCUUCGCCAUCCUUAGGCCUCCUGUUCUGAGACUAAUGCGUUCAGUCCUCUGUUGUCGGAUUCCAUUAAGAACACAAGAUGCAACACAAACUUCCUGUUCUACACAGUCAAAUGCCAGUAAACAGGCUGAACUCUGUGGACAGUCAUGAAGAUGUGCUUCAUUAUUUAGCAUCUGGAAGAUCCUUUUGAAAUGGUUCCUUGGGGAAAUGUAAAAAGUCAGUGUAUAAACAAAAUGAAACUUCCCUAAUAACAGAAUAAACAAACAUUUAAGCAGCAGUUGGAGCUACAGAGUGCUGACAAGGCACUUCACAGAAGGUGUCAGAAGGUUCCAUAAAACCUACCCUCCGUGAGCAUGUUGCAUGGCCUUUGGAGGGACAUCCAGCUGUUCUUAAGAUCCAGUUGCCUUUUGAUUUAAGCUUUCCUGUUGAAAGACAAACCAUGUGGUUUUUUAAUUUGUUUAAAACCCUACAUAGUCACAGUCUAUUUCAAUCUCCUAUGCAACGACUGUUAUAAACACACAGCAUUCGGUCAGACUAAAUGAAACUUCGAGUGUAUUCUCCAGGAAGUCAAUAUGUGGAAGCAACCAAAACUGACAAGCUGCUAUCUUGUGAUUGCUUAACAGAUCUGGUAUUUGGACAAUGAAGUUGAAAGCCAUUGGCACCUUUUGUCAUUCUCUGUGUGGGUGGGAGAGUAUUCUCUGGUCACUACAAUAUUACUCUUAAAGGAGUGGACUUAAUUAACGUCUGUUUGAUUCACCUGUGUUUUAGGAGCUAUGUGUUCAAUUGUCAGAGUAUUUAUUUCACAAUAUCAAUUGUGCUAAUGUUA